CGUCAACUCUCUGGAUCCUGAUACAUGCUAAUUUAUAAUCCAAAUUUGAUAACGUCGACUCGGACCCAAUUUCCAAUUCAUGAAACAAUAUUCAAUUAUUCUUUGCAUUCGUUAUCGAUUUUUAAUUAUGCACAACGUAUGACUUGAUUAUUUCACCAGCUUCUUACAAAUGAGUACAAAUUUUCGCCUCUAUAAAGUUUUAAUUAGUUUAAAAAAAAACCGACAUCCGACGUCGGACGUCAUUUCGCAAAUGAACUUUCGGUACAAAUAGCCGGUUCGCUUCGAUUGCCGUCCACCCGCUCGGAAUCGAUGAAAAACCGAGCUGACUACCGCCACCACGCCGCUCCGGUUGAUGCGCCAAAAAGGAAACACCGGGAUCCAUUCGUUUCGCUCGUCUAGACCAACCGACACUCGACAUUUGUUUAAUUUACCUCGACGGGGGAGGUUCCCGUCGAGAUACAGCGCGAAAGCACGCACAGGCUCGACAACAAGAACGUCGACAACGGAAAUUAUUGUCGUCUCGGCGCAGUGGAACAUUCAUGCGCAAAUAGAUUUAACAUAAAUAGAUUUAACCCAUUUGCUGUUUAAUCUCGUUUGCGCCGAUGACAUUAAACGAAACACGAGAACUGCGAAGGAGAUAAUCAAAUUUUGUGAAAUACACUGAUAUUAUGGUGCUCAUAACGAGUCAUCGAAAUUGCUGUCAUGAUCUCUAACGCGAUAGUGACUCUGUUCGGUGUCGAUCUCGGACUGGUCGUCGGUUGGACAUCGCCCUAUCUGGCUAAACUGACCAACAACGAAUCCGUGUUGCAAAUAACGAAUGAUGAAGCAUCAUGGGUAGUUUCCUUGGUUCCGUUCGGGCGACUCUUCGGUGCCGUUAUCGGUUCCAUGGCGAUGGAAUAUUACGGUAGCAAGAAGUCCCUAUUAGCUACGGGACUAUCUCUCAUAAUAGGCUGGAUUGGCAUAAUAUUCGCCAAUUCUGCUGCUUGGUUAUACGUGUCAAGAUUCUCUUCUGGGAUAUCACAGGGAAUGUUUUACAGCUGCUUCGCCCUUUACAUGGGUGAAAUAGCAUCGCCUAAUAUACGCGGAGCUCUGGUCAGCACAAUUGUAAAUGGAUUACCGUUGGGGACAUUAAUCGGGAACAUAAUGGGUCCUUACAUGUCGAUGAUGUGUUUCGGGAUCAUAAGCCUAGUUGUGAACGUCUGCUUUAUAGUGGUAUUCCCGUUUCUCCCACAGUCGCCGCAUUAUUACGUGCGCCGGGAGAACUCGGUGGAGGCAAAAAAGGCAAUACAGUGGUAUCAGAGAAAAUCAAACGUGAACGUGGAGUUAGAAAUGAUAGAAGAUUUCGUGCGAUCCUCUAAGUCUUUGAACUUUCGCGACAAACUGCGCCAAAUCGUACAAAAGAAAAACAGACGCGUGUUCUCGAUAAUCAUAUUUCUGUUCAUUUUCAUGCAAAUGAGCGGAAUGAACACCAUCGUAUUCUAUAUGGAGAUCAUCGUCAGAAACGCGAAGGUGACGUCGAUCGACCCGGCCGCCGUUGUCAUGAUCUCUAACGCGAUAGGUAUAGUCGUCGGCUGGAUCAGCGUCUAUUGCAUCGAUCGUUGCGGCCGGAGGAUUCUCCUAGCGGUGUCUAGCGCGUGUUUGGUCCUCGCGACGCUGCUUCUGGGAUUGCAUUUCAUGCUGCUUGAUCUAAAUUACGAUCCGAAAAAUUUCGAAUGGCUACCCAUUCUGGCGAUGAUACUUUACAUGUUGAUGUUCAUCGGUUUGGUACCAGUACCGAGCACGUUGCUCAGCGAGAUGUUUCCGGAUGAUUUAAAGAGCAUCGCGGGAUUCACGGCCGGCAUCUCUUCUGGCUUGUUCGCGUUCAUUUCUAGCCGAACUUAUCAACCAAUGGUCGAUCUUAUGUCCGAGAAAUACGUGUUCUGGUUGUACGCAAUAAUCAUGACCGUGUGCUUCUUUUAUUGUCUCAUAGCCGUGCCGGAAACCAAAGGAAAAACGUUGCAGGAAAUACAAGAUAUGCUGGCUGCGAUGGACGAGCAAGAGAAACCAAAUUUGGAGACAAAAACCAAAUGCGAUAGCAAACAUUAAGAUGCAAUUAAUGUAUUGUAAGAAAUCAACGAUCUCAUUAACUAUUAAAUAAAUGUUCUAUAAAUA